AUGCAAGUUAGACUUUCUAGUCAAGGAAGCCCGCGAAAUGCGUUCAUUCGUUAUGUACGGAAUGGAAAGUGCAAGGUGCAAUAUGAAGAUGGGCGGUUUGAGUGGAUCGGCGAGGAUGCUGUAGAUCUAUGCGAAGUCAAACCCGUGCCACAUUCGGAUCACUCCGGGUACCAUGCUGGUGCUUUAGCUCAGGAUAGCGACGCUGCUAGCGUAAUCGUGGAGACACCACACAUGAAGCGG